AUGUCCGUCUUUGACUACACUGCACCAUGUGAGUACCCUUGCCGCGCCGCGCGUGCACCCGUCCUCGCUUUUAUUCCCACCCACACCACUUCCUCACCAAUGCUUCAUCCCCCCCCCGCGCCUACCAUCAGGGCCAAUCUACGGUGUGACGUGGUCCAAUGCUCCAUCCGCCCGAUCACGCAGCGAUCUCUACGCUCCACGAACAGGCACAGGCACAGUCGCAGGUGCAACGGGUGCUCGUGUGGCCAUCAGCAGCUUUGUGGAAGAGGCGAACAACGAGGUGCAGGUGUUGGGAGUGAGGAGUGGCAGCGAUGGGUGAGCAGCCUGCGCGGGCGCGGGCGUGGGCGUGGGCGUGGGCGCCAUGUACAGCAGCUCACAUUCACACACCCACACCCACACGCAGGCCGUAUUUCGAUGCGCUGGCCAGCACUGCGCAUCCCUAUCCCGCUAGCAAGAUAGCUUGGCAACCAUCCACGCUGUCCAGCGGCGAUGCUUCAGAAGCUUGGCAGGACAGAGAGCUGCUAGCCACCACUGCAGAUUGUCUGAGGAUAUGGGAGUGCGCUUCGGAUCUGCAGCAGCAGGAUGAACAGGCGGCUGCUAGCAGCGGCGGUGGUGGUUUCGUUGGCGCUGCGCAUACACGCUUGCCCUUUUCCCUCGUCGAAAAGAGCGUACUGGCUCAUGUGAGUUGGCGCAGCGAGCGAGCCUCUGCUCUCCAUCGCAUCGCAUCGCAUCGCAUCGCGCUGAAUCGUCCACUCGAUUCGUGUGCUGCCACCCCAACAGGCCAGCAAAAACUCCACCUCACCACCCGCGCCCUUGACGUCGUUCAGCUGGAACGCUCCCUCGCCCUCACUCGUCGUCACCUCCUCCAUCGACACGACGUGCACCAUUUGGGAUCUGCCCACUCGCACAGCUCUCACGCAGCUCAUUGCGCAUGAUCGAGAAGUGUACGACGUGGACUGGUGUCCAGGCUCAUCCGACGUGUUUGCCAGCGUAGGUGCGGAUGGGAGCGUGCGCGUCUUCGAUCUCCGGUCACUGGAGCACAGCACCAUCAUCUACGAGACUGGUGCGCCGCAAUCCAGCAGCGCAAGUUCCAGCAGCGGCGGCGGAGGAGGAGGAGCAGGAGGUCGCAACGGCAUCAUGCCAUUUCCCCUGCUUCGCAUCGCCUUUAAUCCGUGGGACGCAAACUACCUGGCCACAUUUGCAGCGGACACCAACGUCGUCUCUAUACUCGAUGUCAGGGCGCCCGGAUCGCCUAUUUUGGAGUUGAGAGGACAUGCAGCAUCGAUCAAUUCCGUCGCUUGGGGUCCACCGGGUGCGGGAAGCAGCUCUUCGUCGAGCAAGGGCAUGAUCAGCACGACGAGCGAUGAUGGACAAGUGUUGGUGUACGAUUUGGCAUCUAGCACUCUUCGCAGCGCAUCGGCCCAAGGUAGACGGUCACGCAACGGUCGAGGAGGAGGAGCAGGAGGAGCAGGAGGGGCGACGAGCAGCAGCAGCGAACAACCUUCACCGGCGCACACGCCAAGCACGUCCUACUCUGCUUCUCCUGCUCCCAGCAGCGGCGAACAAGCAGCAGCAGCAGCGGCAGGAGUAGCGCAGAUUGGAGGUAUGGUGGAGAAUCCGGUAUUGGCGCACUCGGUGGAUGCGUGCGUGAACAAUUGCGCGUGGCUCAGGCCGUUUGAGAAGCGCAGCAGCAGCAAGGCUGUGGCCAUGCCGGCGGAAGACUACUGGAUGGCCGUCGUGUCGGGCAGGAAUCUGAGGGCAUUGGCAGUGUAG